AUGGUUGCAAGUUGCAAGGAUCAGAAGAAAGCGGUUGCUAUAUGUUUGCAACGGUCACCAUGCGUUAUGAUAGAAAGGCAUACGCCACAGGAAUGUUUUGAGGAUCCUAAUCUGAAUAAAGAUUUACCUGAGUUAUGUAUUGCACAAAUGAAGGCAUUUUUGGACUGUAAAAGUGGCAUGUUUGAUAUGACGAAACGGAUGAGAGGUAAUGCACCACUUUCUACAGGAAAAUACGACCAAGAAUACGAAAACUUAUGCAAAGGAAAGUUUGACCCCAAACAAGAGAUGCAUAAACUUGAAGUGCUCAAUAGUGAGCAGAAGAAUUGA